AAGAUGGUGGGAACCCGGGGUUUGGGAAUCGAGCCUGCCAAACAGAACUUUGAGGGGAGGAGGCUAGGGACUGGACGGGCAUCGCCUGUGCCUUUGAAAGCAGACGCUGGAGCCCUGGGUUGGACGAAGAGGCUGCCCUGGCUGGGGGAGGGGCGGGACCGGAGAGGGACACCAGAGAGGAGCAGGGGAGCGGUGAGGGGAGCCGGCUGGGGGCGUGAGAACUGGGCACUGCCCCCCGCUGCUGGCAACUUUGGAGUUUGCGGAGGAAGGCUCCCUGUGUGUCCCCCAGGGGCCCCGAGCCCCUGCACCCUCUCGCUGUUUGGGGCCGUCACUGGGCUUACCUGCCCACCGUACCUUCCAGAGGGCACUUCCACAUGUCCCUGCUUGGGGGGAAGAGGGCUGCAGGGCCAAGAGGGUGGCCAGGAGGGCUGUAAGCUCCAGGUUGGGGUGGGAACAGAGAUGGCACCCAGGGGGACCCACAGGGCUCCUGGGCCUCGUGUUCACCUCUGCCCGCCGUGGGUGCCUGCCCGCCCUCAGGAGCCCAAAUGCCCCAUCCCAGCGGGGUCUGGGCCCAGUCCAGACCCCUAGGGCCUGCUUGCCUCGCCCUGCCCUUGCGCUGGGUGGGACCUGCCCUUCCCUGGCCUGUCUCUUGGCUGGACUGCAAGUAUUCGGAGGGCAGGCCUGGCGGCCCAUCCCCUUGUGCCCACGCACCCAGCCCAGCUCCGGGGCGCUGUUGAGCCUGCUUCUGUUGUCUGCCCGCUUCUCUGAGUCUGGGCUCCAGCCUCGCCCUCCGUCCUCUGGCCCUCUGGCUCUCUGGCCCUCUGGCCCGUCGCUGCCUCCUGCCUCUGCCCCACACUUGGCCUUCCUCUUGGCCUCUCUGCCUCUUUUUUCGCAUCUGUGUGUCUGUCCCCUUCUCCCACCCCCCUCUGUGUCUGCCUCACCCACGCCUCCUCCCUCGUUAGUGAGCAGGCUGCUUGAGGCCGCCUGACUGUGGGGGUGACAGGUGGAUUGGAUUGUCACCCCCUCCCCCAGCGCCUGCUGCUUACUUCAUGCCCUGCAGCCCAGCCACGGGGAAGGGGCGGGAGGAGGGAUGACAGCUGUCUCCAGCGCCUCCUGCCUUCCCUUCCAGUCCACAGCCUGCAGCCUGGAGCAGCCUGGGAGGAAGGGUUGGAGGGCCUGCCUAACGAGAGCUGCCUUCCUUGCCGUGCGAAGCCCAGUGCUCUGUGAUGGGAGGCCGCUCGCUCAGCCUCUCUGGGCCUCUGCUCCGUUUUGACCUGCACCGGAGGCUGUGCAGAAGGUGUCCUGCAGACCAUGAACUGAGCCCUGGUCCCAGGCCGUUCAUGAGCACAGUGUAAGGCGUGCCGAGACCCGCCACCCAGCGAUCCCCUCCCCUCCCUAGCACUGCGGAUCCCCGGAGAAGAUGGGGAGGAAAAAGAUUCAGAUCCAGCGAAUCACUGAUGAGCGGAACCGACAGGUGACGUUCACCAAGCGCAAGUUCGGGCUGAUGAAGAAGGCGUACGAGCUGAGCGUGCUCUGUGACUGCGAGAUCGCGCUCAUCAUCUUCAACCACUCCAACAAGCUGUUCCAGUAUGCCAGCACCGACAUGGACAAGGUGCUGCUCAAGUACACCGAGUACAACGAGCCGCACGAGAGCCGCACCAACGCCGACAUCAUCGAGACCCUGAGGAAGAAGGGCUUCAACGGCUGUGACAGCCCGGAGCCCGACGGGGAGGACUCGCUGGAGCAGAGCCCCCUGCUGGAGGACAAGUACCGACGCGCCAGCGAGGAGCUGGACGGGCUCUUCCGGCGCUACGGGUCAGCCGUGCCGGCCCCCAACUUUGCUAUGCCCGUCACGGUGCCCGUGUCCAACCAGAGCUCACUGCAGUUCAGCAAUCCCAGCGGCUCUUUGGUCACCCCCUCCCUGGUGACAUCAUCCCUCACGGACCCCCGGCUCCUGUCCCCCCAGCAGUCAGCGCUGCAGAGGAACAGCGUGUCUCCGGGCCUGCCCCAGCGGCCGGCCAGUGCAGGGGCCAUGCUGGGGGGAGACCUCACCAGUGCUAACGGAGCCUGCCCCAGCCCUGUCGGGAAUGGCUACGUCAGUGCCCGGGCUUCCCCCGGCCUCCUCCCUGUGGCCAAUGGCAACAGUCUAAACAAGGGCAUCCCUGCCAAGUCUCCGCCCCCACCCGCCCACAGCGCCCAGCUUGGAGCCCCCAGCCGCAAGCCCGACCUGAGGGUCAUCACUUCCCAGGGAGGAAAGGGCUUGAUGCAUCACCUGACUGAGGACCAUUUAGAUCUGAACAACGCCCAGCGCCUUGGGGCUUCCCAGUCGACCCACUCGCUCACCACCCCGGUGGUUUCCGUGGCAACACCCAGUUUACUCAGCCAGGGCCUCCCUUUCUCCUCCAUGCCCACUGCCUACAACACAGAUUACCAGCUGACCAGCGCAGAGCUCUCCUCCCUCCCAGCCUUCAGCUCGCCAGGGGGGCUGUCGCUCAGCAGCGUCACCGCCUGGCCGCAGCCGCAGCAGCCCCAGCCGCCCCAGCCGCAGCCGCCCCAGCCGCCGCAGCAGCCGCAGCCGCCCCAGCCGCCCCAGCAGCCCCAGCAGCCCCAGCAGCCACCCCAGGCGCAGCCCCACCUGGUCCCCGUGUCUCUCAGCAGCCUGAUCCCGGGCAGCCCCCUGCCCCACGUGGGGGCCGCCCUCACGGUCACCACCCACCCGCACAUCAGCAUCAAGUCAGAGCCGGUGUCCCCCAGCCGUGAGCGCAGCCCUGCGCCGCCCCCUCCAGCUGUGUUCCCGGCCACCCGCCCUGAGCCUGGCGACGGCCUCAGCAGCCCCGCCGGUGGCUCCUACGAGACCGGGGACCGGGACGACGGCCGGGGGGACUUCGGGCCCACGCUGGGCCUGCUGCGCCCGGCCCCCGAGCCCGAGGCCGACGGCUCUGCUGUAAAGAGGAUGCGGCUCGACACCUGGACAUUAAAGUGACGAUUCCCACCCCCCUCCUCUCAGCCUCCCUGAUGAAGAGUUGACAAUCUCACCGCCCACCCCUCCCCGCCCCGGGCUCCUCCCGCUCGACCCCAUUUCCUUUUGUGCCCCGUGUCCUGUUGACGGUUACAUUUGUGUAUAAUUAUUAUAUUAUUAUUAUUAUUAUUAUAUUUUUUUUAAUUUGGAUUCUCGCUUUGGAGAGGGGAUGCUCCCGUCCCCUCUUUCUGCACCCCCACCAUUUUACUGGCAAGGGGUGCUGUUUUUGCGGGAAGGGGGGGGACACUUUGCACGUUGUUCACAUAUGCUGCAGGAGGGGGUGGGGAGCCCGAUAGGCCUUUGGGACAGGACAGGUGCCGAGCCCUCCCGCCCCGUCCCCCAGAGAGAGGGAGAUAACCAAAAAAACUACCAAACAGCAAACCCCCUUACAAUAGACUGAGCCCCAAAGUCGGCUGGACGGGUGGGUUUGUGUUUUGGGGGGGAGGUGAGGCAGAGGUUCUGGAAGGGGUCUCUGCUUCUGGGCUGUUCCUGCGGCCACAGGCACGUGGGGCGGAGUAUCCAAGCCCAGCCCCUUCAUGCCCCCCCCCACACACACACACACACGACACACUCUCACUGAUUCUCGAGCGAGCUGCACCCCCCAGGUGUGGGAGCGCCGGCCGAGCUUGUGGGCUGGGAAGGCCGCCCGGGAAUCUGAGGCUGGGGGCAGAGAGCUGGGGUGAGGGGCGGAUCGGGGCCCCCUUCCUUCCCUAGCGGUUUCUCUAAGACACACAGUGCAAUAGCCCCAUCCCUCAGCCGACACCAGCCCCAGGAAGCGGCCCCAGAGCGCAGGGAGGGGAGGGAAGCUGCAGUGAGGCUGCUCAGCAGGGUCGGAACCCUCGCGUCCAGCGGCAGGUGUGAGUGGGGCUCGCUCUUCCUUGCACGGACACGUCCCCACACCCCCGUAGGAGGGACGCCGGGGUGGCGAGAGGGUGGGAGAAGGGAGAUGGGGGAGGAGGUCCGCAGAAGGCCCGCCUCCCUCCUUCCCGCCUGGGCCCUCCCUCCCCGGCCCCCUCCGGGCCCCUGCCACCCCCGCUCCGGGCGUCCUCCUGGUCUGCUACCUCCUGUCCCCCCACCCCCAGGCCGCAUCCCGCCUUCCCUCUUGGCUACUGUAAUUGUAAAUAGCAACCUUUGGAAAACGUUAGCAGUGUAACAGUCCAGGAAACUGUUUUUUUCUGUUGUUGUUGUAUUGAUAUGAAAUGAGAUUCUAUUUUUGUCAAAGUAUAUUGUAAUAAUAAUGACUCAAACGGCCCGUACUGUACAGAUGGGAUUCUUCUGCUGUUGUUCUUGCCCCCGUCCCCCCCAGCCCACCCCUCCCUGCUGCCGCCCCAGUGGGGGCAGCCUCAGCACGGGGUCCUGAGACCUCAGGCUGGAUCACAGAUCAAAGCGGAGGGGGCAGGCCCCCAGCCUGCGAUCCACCUCCCCCCCCCCCCCCCGCCCCAUCUAAGGGGCCUGGCCUGAGGUAGUGUGUGCAGGCGGACUGGGGUGGGGGGCGCCCCCAUGUCUCACAGAAGCCUCGCUCCUCUGCCCUGGGGGUGCAGCGCUCCCUGGGGGUUUCAUCCCAGCCCAGCGGGAAAGUAGACUAGACAAGGCCCAGUCUGUGGCAGGAAACUGUGCCUGCCUCUGUGACCCAGCCGCUUGCAGUAUUCUGACACCUGACGCAGGGAAGGAACCAGAUCAAGGGGUGUGUGUGACCACACGAGCACCUGAGCGUGUUCACGAGGGCAUCUGGUAUUUGUGUGUGCAUGGGCGUACCUUUGUGUGUCUCUGAGCCUGUCUGGGCAUAUACACGGAUAUUUGUGUGGAUUGAGGGCAUCUCUGGGGGUGCAUGUGCCUGGGAGUGGAGGGGAGAGGGGGGAGACAGGUGGCUGUGUGCCACACGUGCCCCUCCACCCCGAUCCCCAUUCCCGGCCCUGUUCUACCCUGAGCUCUGACAGGCUUGCACUGCAGUUGGGGGGGGGGGCGGGAUCCGACAGUCGCCCCGUUUGCUUGUCCUUGCGGCCCUACCUCUCCUGGGCUCCACGCACAGGCAGCCCCCCUGGCCCCCGGCCCUUUGCAUACACACAGCUCUCUUUCCGGCUGUACACUCUUCCCCCACCCCGGCCCUGCCUUCAGGGUGACACUCAUGUUCCCCUUCCUUCUGGAAGCAUUUUCCUCGCCCGGGCAGUGAUUUCUUCCUUACUCAGAGUUUAACCCCCACCUGCUGGCUGGGCACACAGCGCGUCCGGUCUUCCUGCAGGUUCCUAGAGGGACUUUCAGGAGUCGACGAGACUUGAUCAGGGCCUGGAAAGACAGUUCAGGGUGUAGCCUUGUGCAUGCAUUCCCAGAGCCCUGCCCCGUGUCUGCCGUAGGUAGUGCUCAAUAGAUGCCGAAUGGGUGAAUGAUCGGCGCUCAGUAAACCUUGGGUGCCUGGCCGUCCCUCCUCAGGCUGUUCCUGCCGCCAGUCUGCCCACCUUUGGAAGCCGGGCUUGGCCACCACCAGACACGGGGCGGGGACGGGAGCCCCUGAGGCUCGCGGUGCAAUAUUCACCAGUUUUGCCCUCUGCCUUGUAAUGGCAAACCUGGCUUCCGAUUCCCCCGUGUGGAUGUGUGUCUGUCUGUCUUCUCUCCCUCUGGGGGCGGGGGCUGGUCCGUGAAUGGCUAUGUGACAUUUCUGUGAUGCGGUACCCCGGGCUUUCUCUUGGGGGUAGGGGCUCCUGGCUGGCCAGAUGAAUGGGUCCCUGGGAACCCGGACCUCCAGCGAGGACUUCAUUUCUUCCUCUCACAAGCCAAAUUUGCCUCCACCUACUCCUUCCUCCUAAGAACUGGGCAUUUGCCAAAGUACUCACUGGAGUCCCCCACUGCCCCUCCCUCCCCAGCUUUCCCAAGCUCGCGGGGACAGUGGGCAAGAGGAGCCUCCCAUGCCGUUGGAGCACGCCAUUUUCCCUCCCGCCCAGCAAUGCACUCGGCACGGCGAGACCGACCCCUGACCCUGACCCAGCCCUCCCCACCUUGGACAGGAAGGAAGUAAAGCACCUUCUCUUGAUGAUUAUUUAUUUGUUUGGAGAGACAGAAAUGCUGUAAAAGUGUAUCUAGAAAUAUCUAUAUCUAUAUAUUUUUAACUGACUUCUUUGGAAUCUCCCGGGGAGGGGUGGGGGUGAGUCUAGGCUUUCAUGGAAGAGAGAGGCCUGCAGCCUGGGAACUCUGGUUCUCUCCUCCGCGGCCUCUCUCCACCCCCUGAGCGGUGGUGGAAGGCGUGGGGUUUGUGUGGGGGCAGGGGGCUGGAAUGUUCUGUGGAGAAUCUGGAUUCUCUUUGUCUUCCCCAUUCAGGUCCCAGAGGGAAGGGGGGAGAGGGAGGGGAGGCAUGGAGGCGCCCCCCGCCCCCGGAACCCGACAAUCACCCACACUCCUGGGGCCGCUCCUGGGUCCCGGGCAGGGCGCGUCCAAGUGUGUGACUGUUGAUUUGUUUUCAAUAUUUCUUUUCGUGCUGUAUGGUGAUGCUUUCUUAGUAUUCUACACAAUAAGAAGACAAAGUCCUCGGGAUUCUUAUGAGUUUUGUUUGAAAACUCUUUCACUAUAUUUGUUGUAAAGAGGUUUACUAUUAAAAGAAAAAGAAUACACGUUUCUGAUA